CGCAAAGGUUUGGUAACCCUGACUCGAUGAUGUACCUGGACGACCUUGGGGACCAAGCGAUCCAGGACGGCCCGGACGACUUCGACCGGGCGGACCAGGUGGGCCCUGCAUGAGUGCUGCCAUCUCAGUCAUCUGUUCUUUGGAAGGACGAAGGAAGCGAACUGACAACACUGGAACAGCGAGCGGCAGCCGACUUUAAACAAGCGACGUUGCCGGGAUAGGAUCUCUUCUUUCUUCUUUGCCGGUACCGGAGAAUUACGCAGAGUUGAAAGACGAUCCCAUGGUGUUGAUUUGUAGAUGAUCAAAAGAUUAUUGUGAAAGUCUUCGAAAACAACGAGGUCGCAUCAUAGGGAUCUGCACACGAGGUGGCGCCACAUCAGAGCCAAAACGAAGAAGUCCUAUCGCUGGCAGACGAAGUUUAUAAGUGACGAGUCAGCACGAGGGUGACUACACUGUGCGACCGCAACGACUUUUUAAGAGAAAGUCAAUGCGCGAUGAAGAGCGGUGGAAGAACAAUCAAAGAAUACUCAUCUUAGGAUUCGUCGAAUUUGGAUGAAAUGCGGGCAUUCAACGACACACAAUUAAAUAAAAGAAGCUUCCGUGUUUCCGCUGGUGUGACUUUGCGAGAGUGCAGUGUCGUCAUUAUCGGAAGUACAUGCAAAAUAUGCGGUAGAAACUUUAAAUGCGAAAGCGAUGUUUCUCUGCACUCACAAUGGCGACAUGGAACUAUAGGAUCGUUAAUCAUGCAGGAUACUCUACAUCACGAGAUUUAUCUCGAAAGCAUCGGUCAGAAAUGCGAUAUAUGCGAUGUACAAUUUCACACUAUCUCAGACUUGAAGAUUCACAAACGAUUGAUACACAAGCAUGGUACAAGAUCUAAAUACAGAAAGAGACCAGGAAAAGAAACAGUACGCGUAAAAUUCAAACUAAACGGAAUGACAACAAUGGAUGUGAAUUUGAAUCGAAAGUAUUUAAAAAUGGAAAACUGUCUCAGAUAUUUCGUUGACGCCGGUACGCAAACUACGGACUCGCUCGAAAUUGAGAAACAUCCAGAUAACUGCGGUGCUGAUAUUGAUUUGUUUCUCUCAGACUAUGUUGUGAAUAACAGUUAUAUGCAACAUGUACGGCCCCACAAAGCCGCAAAUCGAUACAUUGUAGGUAAAUUCACAUCUACUAAAGGCGAUGCAACAGUGCGUUUUGCUGUAGGGGGAAGAAGUCUUUUAGAGAUCUCGAAUACUUCGAAUAGAGACGUAAUCCCUGAUAACCGCGGUUCAUAUAAAGAAUAUGAAAAUCAUCGCAGUUUCACUUUUCAAGAAAAUACAGCGGAUACAUGGAUCAGAAGUUUCUUCAAUAAUUUAGACAUUUAUAAUAAAGAAAACUCGCAAGGAAAGCUAAACGAGCCAGAAAGAAAAAACGCAUAUUGUCAAGUCGAAUCUUUAUCGAACGAUAACAAAGGUCUCAUCUAUCAGCGAGAUAAGUUUGACAAAACAACAUCAGUAAUGUCUAAACAACUCUCGACCAAAGAAAUCCGUUACGAUCCUAUGAAACAGCCUUACGAAGCUACAGGCGAUAAAAGAAGUGCUAAAAGAAAUGCUAAAUUAACAAAGUCUUUAGCAGAUUUUGAAGAAAUAAUUAUUGAUAAUGAAAAUAAUAAAAUCGAUGAAACGGUAACAAAACAUUCGCACGCUUCCUUAAUUCAAAAUUCCUUUAACAAAAAAAAUGAAUUGAUAAAAGAUAAUUUAAAUGAUGAUGAUAUACAGGAAGUGUUACGAAUAACGAGAAAAAAUAUUCAAAGCGAUAUCAAUCACGAAUCACCUAAUCGUUUCGAAAGAGAGAUAUUGGUACAAAAUACUGGCAAUGAAACGCUUAGGUUUCCCACACGGCAGGAACCGACCGUUUGCCCAGAAAAAUGCAAUGCUAGAUUUGCAGCAAAUUUCAAACCGUCAAGUUAUUCAGCAUUUAGGACCGUGACUGAAAGUAGUUAUCAAUUUUUGGCAAACGCGUUCGACAAAAGACUGGGUAUUUAUUUGGAAGAUAUGCAUCAUUAUGGAAUCAAUUAUUACAACGAACAAGCGGAAAUUAACAACAACAACAUAGAAGAGUACGCGAUAUAUGCUCAUCAAGGAUUUUUUGAACCGCGGAUGCAAAUAGAAGAGCCAUAAUAAACUAAUGGAUUGAAAGAUUGAAUGAAGUAGCUGUACUAGAUUGAGCGUAUGUUGGCAAAAAUUCAUUGUUAUAUGUUGAAUGACACAAUGUAAAUCAUAAUCUUUUUAAGGCUAAAACAGCAAAUGUGCCAAUAUGUUUCUUUAUUGUUCCGUUUUUUAAAAUUUUAGA